CUGGGCAGUGGAGGCGGUCUGUGGAAACCAAUUUGUCCCAGUGAAUUCCAGUGCAUCCCGCUAUUUCCCAGUUCAUUCUAGUCUAACCCAGUAUAAACUGAGUCCAGUAUAACGGAGUCCAGACCAGUAUUAACCAUUUUGGCCCGGUAUCAUAAAAUCACAAAGGGAAAAGGCCAGAGUACUUAUCCCAGUAGGAAGAAGAUAAGAUCAUGCAGCAAAAGAGCCAGUGGAGGAUACAGAUCCAAGCACUCUUUCCUUAACAAUGACUGAAAAAUAUCCUGUCCAAGACACAGGGGUACCUAAAGAUGAAGAAUACCUUACAGAUCAAGUUACGUUGGAAAUUGCAUCUGUGAACAUCAAGACCCUUACACCAGAUUCUGGCCUAAUCCAACAGCCAGAAGACAAAGACACGCAAAAGCAUACUGACGAAUCACUUUCAGAUCUCAAGAAAACCUGCAAGGAAAAUGUCACCUGCUCCUUGUGCUUAUUCCGUGCACCAACCAUCAGUGACAUGCUCAAUGAUGAGGACUUGUUGUACACAGUGAGGCUAAAGCUGGAUCCCUGCCACCCAACAGUGAAAAACUGGAGAAAUUUAGCAAGCAAAUGGGGGAUGACUUAUGAUGAAUUGUGUUUCCUUGAACAAAAGCCCCAGAGUCCCACCUUGGAGUUCUUGCUACGGAAUAGUGACCGGACUGUGGAACAGCUGAUUGAUCUCUGUAAAUUUUAUAAGAGAAUUGAUGUUGUGAAAGUGCUGCUGAAAUGGGUGGAGGAGGAAUGGCCCAAGAGAGGGAACAGAGCUUACCAGAAUGACUUCUAGGUCAAAGAAAGUUGUUAGUCUGUACGUGUUAAAUGCUGGGACUAGCUGCCACUAAUACAUUGGAAGAGAGAGAAAGCCUGUACUGACAGUUUGUAUACUGUGUAAGCCUUAUCUACUGUAUACACAUAUGUAUGCUCUGUACCCUCAGGGUUGCAAAGAUAAUCUUCCAAAAGGGGGUGGAAUCAUCCAGGUUGUGUUCUUGAGCCUACAAAUUCCUUCAGCUUCUUUGCUGCUGUUGGUAGGCUUCCUAAGCAGAAGAGGAAUGGAAAAGCCAGACUGCUGGUUUUACUGCAGCGGUUGUGAACCAUGUCAGCUGUGUUCUGUUGCUAUUGGGAAAGCCACAAUUAGAAGGCAAGUCUCUUGGCCUUUCUGGCAACCCUUCCACAGUUUUGUCUCUUCUACCUAGUAGAAGAUGAGGUGUAUUUUUUUUCAUUUUUUGGUUUUUUUUUAAGCUUUGUGAUGCUGUUUUUGGCACAGGAACGCCUCAGCGUUCCAAGCAGCAAUUUGGAUUUGCAUGUUACAAUUAAUUCAAUGUUUCAACAUCACAUUUGAGCAAGUUAAGCUUUAAGUCUCUUUUAUAAACAAGAAUAUAUUUGCCCUAUGAAGAAAUCAUGCAAUUCAGAGAGACUUUCCAACCCAUAAUCUCUAGGGGUAAAAAAAAAACUAAUUAAAAUGCUCUAUACUUAAAAUUAUUUUCCAAAGUUUUGAAGACAGUGUAUACUCUGAGUGCAGGUAUCAAAUGCCUCUCACUUUCCAGUGUGAGAGGCUGUGUAAGCUUUAUCACUCACAGGGCAUCGUUAGUAUUGACUAUAACUUCCCUUUUCACAGACUGUGGUUUUCUUCACAGUCCUGUGGGUUGACCUACUUUCUGCCCCACACCAAGGUAGUUGCACACCUGUGUGAAACUAGCACUGUGUAUUGAUUAGAGCCACUCUAAUGGAAAAUUACCAGGUGAAUUCACCUACAGUCCAGGUGGAUGGUUAUUAAAGCACUUACAAGUGGUUUAGACUGAUGUUUUUCAAAGGAUUUUGAUACUCUGAAUUACACUGUUUACAAUUUAAGUAUUUUAGAAAUUGGUCUUUUUCCUACCAUUCUUCUGACAUCUCAGACAAUACUAGUAUGUACAUAGGUGUAUAUACCAAAGCACUGGUGAAUAGUAUGUCAAGACAUGGGGUAAAACUAGAAUGGGUUGCAGGUUGAUACGCUGUUUACUUUUCUCUAGUAGAAAUAAUAAGAAUUAGUAGCAAAGCUGAGGGAAGUCUAAUGCUGUAUACUGACUUUCUUAUUGUAAGAGAAUGAAAAAGAACCUCUAGUAAUACUUUACUAUAGAUGCUGAGUGAUACGGUUACAGAGGGGCUGGAAGUAAAGAUGAACAUUUUCAGUGUCAGGCACUAGUUCUGGGGUGGCAUAAAUUAAGUUUAUUUUAGAGACUUCCAGAAGCUGAAAAUUUUGUUUCAAGGUGAAAAGAGUGACCUAAAUUUGAGGUUUGAAUUUUUUAUUUUUUUAGAAAAAACUGGAAUUUUUAAUAACUUUUUUUUAAUGAUUCCUCAAAAAAGCUGCAACUGUUUAGAACUCUUUAGUUUUCUAUCUGUAUUUUAAGGAGGAAGUCGUACUGCUGUAUCUUGUUGGGGCUGCAGUUCAAAUGUUUUGCAUUCCUCUUCCAGGUACUGGGGUUUCCUGAUAGAUGUCUGUCAACUCUAACUUUUGCAAAUAAUCUUCUGUCCUAAGUUAAUGCUCCAGAUUCAGCUUUGAGGACUAUUGUUGUGGCUGGGCUCUUUGCUAUUUUCAGUUCCUACAGAGGUAUCCACUGCCUACAUGCAAACAGCUCAUAAUGCAGCUUGUCCAACAAAAUCCCCAUACCCUGGGCCAACUGCAUGCAUGAUUUAGGAUUGUAUGUCUGUGUGUUAAGUUUUUCCUCUGAGUGAUGAGUGCUGGCAUGUAUGCCAAAGGCUCUUCCCUCCCAUAACUUACCACAGCUAUAUGUGAAUGGUAUUAUAAUAUGCUUUGCUUUGGUAGAUCCAGUCCAGCAAGAAGCUGGAACCCUCACCUAAGACUUAGAAUGGGAAUACAAAAUGAUGCAGCAGCAUUCCUGAAUCCAUGUGUUCAACUGAAAUCUACCCCUCUUCCCAUUUCCUGGCUAAAACUUGUAAAAUUUUUAAGAAACGCUGAUGUCUUCUGGAGAUGAGUUCUGAUCCCUCAAAGCUCUUGAAAACUCAAUGUCAGCUGCAAGGAUUCAUGUCUAAUGGAAAUAAAGCUGCUUCUGAGAGUACAUAUGUGGAUUCUGCAUAAAUUCAGCUCUGAAGGUUGAAAAUAUUAGCCUUAAACUGCACCACACACUGGAUUUGUUAGUAUACUUGAAAUACUUUUCUUCCUCUUUGUAUGUCGUAAAUGGAGAUGUACACACUUCUUUUUUUUCUUAGUUUUAUAUCUUUUUACAAGAUAUUGGGUCUGAGUGUUCAGUUUAUUCUUAUAUCUUCUGUUAUAAUGUAUACUAUUUUUAAAGAAAUAUAGAUUGUCAAUGUUUUACUUUA